AUGUUACUUCAUUGGUCUCUCUCUCUGUAGGAUAUUACCUGUCUCUUCCACGAUGCUCCACACUAAAGCUCAGGACAUGGGCUCUGCCUUCAUCCAGACACAGCAGCUCAACGCUGCCAUGGCCGACACCUUCCUGGAGCACUUGUGUCUGCUGGACAUCGACUCUGAGCCCACCAUCGCUCGCAACACUGGAAUCAUCUGCACCAUCGGACCGGCCUCUCGCUCUGUGGAAACACUGAAGGAAAUGAUCAAGUCUGGCAUGAACAUUGCUCGUCUCAACUUCUCUCACGGCUCACACGAGGUACAUACUUCAUUAUUUACACACUUUCCUCACAGCUUCAGGUUUGUGGGCUGA